AUUCGGUACCUCCAGGAUCGCGGGGUUGGGAAGCUGCUUAAUAAAAUGUACGAAGUACUUUGUCGCAAAAAUUUCACAGAUUAUGUAAUCCAGUCGAAAAGCUCCCCCAGACAACAAACAUACAACAACAGGCUUCAGAUUCACAGCUUCACAGCUUCACUCUGCCAAGUUUCAACACGCCGAUACGUACCUCUUCUUCUACUUUCCCGCCAGUUCAGCCGAGAAACGUCGAAUAAAGUCAAAUAAUAUACCCAAUUAGAAAACGAAAGAACCAAAAAUACGACAUGGCAAACACACCAAACCCCGCCACCAUCCGCUCCCUCUACCGCUCCCUCCUCCGCGAGUUACCUCCCCGUCCUCUUCUCGCCCGCGACCGCUCCCCCAUACAAGUCCGCCUCCGCGAAAACUUCUCCUCCCCCAAGGCCGGCCACCCGCGCGCGCUGGACGAGGCCCGUCAGUUCAUCGCCUACCUCCGAGCCCAGCGUACCUAUGCCGCCCUCCUCGAUCGCUACAACCCCGGUAUGGGCAUGGACGAGGAGGAGAGGGUGAGACUUACGGCGAGAAGGGUGGGCAUGAAUCUGCCCAUUGAGUUCCGGAAGUGAGAGUUUCAAAGGAAGAAAUAAAGAAAGAAAAAAAAGAAGAAGAAGAAGAAAGGGAGGGUCGAUCUUCUUUUUCUUUGGCGUCUGGAU